AUGACGGCGCUGAUCCUCCCCUUACAUGAACAUGGUGCUUAUGAGAAGGCCGGUCGUGAGCGUGUGUCCACCGCAAAAGAGCUCUCCGACUGGGGGGAGGCCACGGAAGACGACGCUGUAUCGGACAUCACGGAUAAACUGGAGAACUCGGUUCAGCCGUCGCGUAAUCACCGAGCCAAGAUCCAGGACGAUAUCGCGAAACUGAAGAUUAAGGACCCGGAGAGUAUCAGGUUGGAGACACUGGAACAGGAGCUUGUGAGAGCGGAAGCACAGAGCUUGGUUGCUGAGGCUCAGUUGACCAACAUGACCAGGGCCAAACUCAAAGAGGCUUUCGAUAUCCACUUGGCCGCUGUCAUUGAGAGAGGCGAGAAGCAGAUUUUACUCGCCCGCCAUGCUCGCCGCCUGCUUGGUAUCCUCGACGACUCGCCUGUUGUCCCAGGAGAACCUCGGAAAGACUAUGAUCGUGGCGACGAGGCGAGUCAGAUCAUUCAAGACGCCGAGAGAGGUCUUCGCACCUGGGAGAGUACUACCGUGCCUAUCCCAACAUCGGCCGGACACUUGCAUGACAGCACACUCCUUCCAGCCCCAGCAGCUCGUGCGGCUCGGGAUAGCCAAGCCCUCACCGUCGGCUCGUCUGAAGUAGAUGGCCGUGAGAUGUCUGCUUCGACCAGGGAUAUUAAUGGUUCAGCUUCAGAUAUUCGUUACACUGAGGAAUAUCCUCCCGAGACUCAAGGCACCAACGAAUAUGUCAAUGAGUAUGGGUCUGGGACUCAACAGGGUAUUGCGCCUGUGAUCGAAGCCCAAGAGUUCCAAGAGCCUGUAACAGCGCCGGUUGAGCCAACUAGGGAUACGUAUAGUGCUCCUGGUAAUGCCAUCACUUACAUCCCGGGAACUAAGCAACGUGUUGAUACCGCCACUGGAGCUGAGGGUUACGGGGAGUCCAGUAUACAGGGAGCUAGGGGCAUGUAUGGAGCCACUCCCGAUGUUACUGGAUAUACCCCUGGAGCUCAAGACACUAUUCCGGGGACAAAGGAGCACGUUGGACCCAUCAGCGAAGCUAGAAGCUGGGACGCAUCUGUCACAGACGUGUCUGGGGAUGUCAAUGAAAAUGUUGCGAGCGGUAGAAGUAUCGAUGACUCAGUCUCCAUCACAGAUCCGACUCAGCACUUUGAGGAGCCCUCCACUGAGCUGACGGAAGGAACGGAAGCAACCAAAAUGACAGAGGCCACGGAUGAUGCCAACGGAUCUAUUCGGGAAAAGCUGCAAGAGCAGCCCCAGGCAGCUUUGGGCAUCCCUCAAGUCGUCGCUGUCCCAUAUUAA